UUGUGAUCAGACACGCAAACGAAACACACUAAGCAAGCGACGUUUGUCAGGUGCUUGGAGCCACACCGAGACCGAUAACAGCGCAUCCACCGGCCAUUUCACAACCGUUAAUAUCCAUAGCAUCACCAUAAACAUUUAAACAGUGCCUUCAUUGCUAUUGCACAAUCAGUGGGCAUGUCUCUGGUGUGAUUGACAGCGAAUAGGAAUGGGCUGUACUGAUGAACAUGCAUAAAGAAGAGUAAAGACUACACCCUGUUUAUUUUCUUGCUGCAAGCACAGGAAACGAUGAGACUCGAUCCUUCCUGAAUCUCACACACACACACACACACACACACACACACACUCGCACAACCUCCCUCAUCAUGGGUUCUGUAUACCUGUGGAAGCUGUCCUCUCAGAAGUUGGGAUUCUUUCUUGUGAGUUUCGGCUUCAUUUGGGGGAUGAUGCUGCUGCAUUUCACCAUCCAGCAGAGGGCAACGCACGAGAGCAGCGUGCAGCUACGCAUGCAUAUAUUGGACCUCAGCAAACGAUAUAUCAAAGCCCUCGCCGAGGAGAACCAAAGUGUGAUGGAUGGACCCUAUGUGGGAACCAUGACAGCAUACGAUUUAAAGAAGACUCUGGCUGUUCUUUUGGAUAAUAUAAUGCUGAGAUUAUCAAAGCUGGAGUCUAAAGUGGACAAUAUCAUUUACAACGGCACCGGAACAAACCUAACAAAUGGAACCGGGACCCCUGGACCAAACCCAGUGUCCCCAGAGAAAGUUAACGUAGCAGACUUGCUAAACGGAGCUCAGGAAAAAUGUGAACUCCCCUCACUUGAUGGGUUUCCACAUUGUGAAGACAAAAUCAAGUGGAUGAAAGACAUGUGGCGUUCGGACCCCUGUUAUGGGCACUAUGGAGUUGAUGGAUCUACUUGUUCAUUCUUCAUUUAUCUGAGUGAGGUUGAGAACUGGUGCCCUCAUCUGCCAUGGAGGAUCAAGAGCAUUAAUGAUGAAUCUGACAGAAAUACACAGACGGAGAUUCGUACAAGUUUUGACGAGCUGUAUCACGUGAUGUCAAGCCGUGAAGAAUUCCGCUGGAUGAUGCUGCGAAUCAAACGCAUGGAGGAGCCAUGGUUCAGCGCUGUCCGCUCCCUUGCCAACAAGCAGAAUCUCCGCCACCGCAAACGCAAAAAGAUCCUGGUGCACCUGGGUCUCUUGACGAAAGAGUCUGGUUUUAAGAUCGCUGAGAACGCAUUCAGCGGUGGUCCACUCGGAGAACUCGUUCAGUGGAGUGACCUCAUCACCACACUGUACUUGCUCGGACAUGACAUCCGUAUCUCUGCAUCUCUCGCCGAGCUGAAGGAGAUCAUGAAGAAAGUCAUGGGCAACAAGUCCAGUUGCCCCACAAAAGGUGAUAAAGUCGUGGAGCUCAUCUACAUAGACAUCGUUGGACUUGCACAAUUCAAGAAAACUCUGGGCCCAUCAUGGGUCCAUUAUCAGUGCAUGUUGAGGGUCCUAGACUCCUUUGGGACGGAGCCUGAGUUUAACCACGCCCACUACGCCCAGUCAAAAGGCCACAAAACUCCGUGGGGCAAGUGGAACCUGAACCCCCAACAGUUCAACACCAUGUUCCCUCACACACCAGAUAACAGCUUCCUGGGCUUCGUCGUGGAACAGCACCUGAAUGCUAGCGACUUCAAGCACAUCGACGACAUCAAACGGCAAAACCAGUCUCUGGUUUACGGCAAGGUGGACAACUUUUGGAAGGAUAAGCAGAAAUAUCUGGACAUCAUUCACUCAUACAUGGAAGUACACGGCACAGUUCAUGGUACCAGCACAGUCCACCUGCCGGGAUACGUCAAGAAUCACGGCAUCCUGAGCGGCCGUGACCUCCAAUUCCUCCUACGUGAGAGCAAGUUGUUUGUCGGACUGUCCUUCCCCUACGAAGGACCCGCCCCUUUGGAGGCCAUAGCCAAUGGCUGCGCUUUCCUGAACCCGAGAUUCGACCCUGCUAAAAGCAGCAAAAACACCGAUUUCUUCAAGGGGAAACCCACGCUCAGAGAGCUGACCUCCCAGCACCCGUACGCUGAGGUCUACAUCGGACGACCACACGUAUGGACCGUCAACAUAGACGAUCCCGCCGAGGUGGAGAACGCUAUUAAAGGAAUCCUCAGUCAGAAGAUUGAGCCAUAUCUGCCGUAUGAGUUCACCUGUGAGGGGAUGUUGCAGCGCGUCAAUGCUUUCAUAGAGAACCAGGAUUUCUGUCAUGGUCAGGUGAUGUGGCCGCCUCUGAGCACCAUGCAGGUGAAAUUGGCUCCAGCAGGUAAAUCCUGCAAACAGGUGUGUCAGGAGGAGCAGCUCAUCUGUGAACCUUCAUUCUUCCAGCACCUCAAUAAAGACAAAGAUCUGGCCAGGUAUGGCAUGGAGUGUAAGACAGUGGACUCCGCCGGCGAUAUCAUCGUCCCUGCGUUCAGCGAAUCAGAGCAGCACUGCGUAUUCCAAUCCGACUUGCUGCUGUUCAGCUGCGCCGGGGCUCACCACUCCCUCACACGCAUCUGCCCCUGCAGAGACUACAUGAAGGGCCAGGUGGCGCUGUGCAAAGACUGCUUAUAACACACAAAUGCCCACACGCACUCUGGAAUCCCCGCACGACAAACCGGACGGUGUACGAUACGGAUACUCGCCGUUCUGGACCACUUGAGACGGUUUGAACUUAACCGCUGGCGUGGCAGCUCUCCGAUAAGAAUAAUGGAUCUUACCGAAAUUAAACGAAGGAAGAAGAAAAGAUUUGGAAACACUUUAUUUUAUAGUGUUCAUUUACAUAAGUAUGGAGUAAUACCAACAAACUACGAAGUACUUACUUAGUAACUAUUUUUGCAGCUGCUUGUAAAUACACAAAUGAUUCUAGUUAACAACAUGUCAGAUGUGUAACUCUGACACUGUAAAAUAAAGUGUGACGUAUUUUUGCUGGAUUUAUUUAGUGCAGACUAGUUUCAGCCUGGCAUACUUGAAGCGGCGAGCAGGGAAUCAGAACUCUACACUGCCCCCUGCAGGCCUGGAGGAAACACUGUAAUGAAACUUGUUACCCCGGAUUUCGUUUCUUCCCUUUCUGAAGAUGACUUUCUACAUUGGACUUUACGACUGACUCUAAAAAGCAUCUUUGGUUCUACCGUUCUGAAGACCUCGUGCGUGUGAGUGUAUCUGCGAUUUUUAGAGUCGUAGGGAAACGACUUUGAACAAGCUUCCUUGGUUUUACACUGUAACGGAAAUUUCCGCGUUCUGGCUCUCAGAAACGAUGCGUUACGUGUAAAUGAUAAAUGUUAACGUCUGCUUUAUUCUGCAUGGUAGUUUAUUUCCAGUGAAGCGAAGUUGAUUUAGACACACACACACACACACACACACACACGACUUCUAGGCUUGCGUGCAUGUGUUUGUACUAAAGAUCUGCCAAUUAUUAAAAUAAACACGGCACAUUUCACACUGGUCAUUUUCAGUGAACUGCCGGGUAAAUAAAAAUAAUCACAAACCAGCCAGUAUCAUCAAACACUAACCAAUUUAGCAAACUAACCAUGACGUAACAAGUAGUGUUCGUUAAGUAAAUCGUCCACUUUUUGUCAUUGAGAUAAAUGGCUAAAAAAGCGUUAGCGCUAUUGUACGGAUUUUGGACGUUCUAGGUUGCAGAUAAGAAUUUUCGUCAACUUGAUGCACAAACUAUCACUUAUGUUUCUGUAACAUGUGUAUAAAAACAGAUGUGUACAUAACUAAUGCUAAAAGACAGAUUUGUUUUUAUUUUGUGUUAAAAACACAGAUUGGCCUUGAGGUUUUAGUGGUGCCGGAGGGCCUGUAUUCUUGAAUUAGCCUGCCUAAUAUUCAAGUAAAGACAACAAUUAUUAGUAUUAGAAUCAUUUGUGUUUUAGACUGAAAAUGCACUAUAGUGAAUUUACUAAAGAUUUGACACCAGUUAUUACGGCAUUGUAAAAAAGUUUGUUUUUUUAAUUUAUUUUGUAUAGAGAUCUUUAUGCCUGUUGAUUUGACUUUAUUUAUAUUAGAGAAAAUACAUUUAUAGAGGUAAAUAUUAUGUAUCGGACUAAUUUAAGUGCGUUUAAUCGCAUAUGUUUGUCCAGAGUAUUGCCUGUACAAAAGGCAAAUAAAAAGAGUCAUUUAGAUCCAUUUUUAAAAAUUGAACUAUUAAACGUAACUAGCGUUGCGCAAUUCGUUGAACACUUGAAAUGUCAAAUUAUAUAAACACAACAUAUGCGUUUCCGUUGUUGUCGAUACUCUGGACAAACAUUGCGAACGCAAUUUUAAUUUUUGAAUUUGAAAAGCCAGCAAGAACCUCAUUUGAUGUUUUUAUCCAGUGUAUGAUUUCUGUAAACAUUUGCACAUUUGUAAAUACAGAUUUAGGGUCUCUUCUAGUUUUGCACUCUUAACUUAUACGAUAGUUUUAAGUUUGGGUUUCUGCUCUUGAUAAGAUCUCUACGUUUGUACGUAAAAUGAUGGUCUUCAGCCAAGCUAUUGUUUUAAGUCUUGUUUCAUGAUGUGCCUUCUGAUGGUUAUUAGAAUUAACUUUUACGUUUUUUUCUUUUCCGAAAUCGAAAAUAUUGAAGGUGGAAUGCUAGCUAGCUAAAAGCCGAAACUGUAGUUUAACAGUUUAAAGUACGGCUAAAGUUGUCGGCGUAUAGCGUAAAAUAGUUUUGCCAAAUGUUCGUUGUUUGUCAACACACAAUCACAAUAAAGCAAUUGCGUCAUUAAAUUUGGUUCACGGUUUUACAGUAGGAUUAACACCGUUUUGAAAGUGUUUGUGUACGGCAAACUGAGACAUCUAUCAUUGUGGUUUUGCAUUUACAAAUGUUUCGUGAGUUUAAAUGAACAGAUUAGAUUAGUUUAAUAGAAAUUGUGGUUAGUAAUUCUUACCUACACUGUGAAAAAAAUCCUGUUAAAUUUACGGUAAAAAACUUGCUGCUGUGAUUGACAGAAAUUCACUGUAAAAAUACAGUAACCACGCUUCAGGCUUUAUGGGAUGCAAUAUUGAUGCCUGUAUAUUUUACGGUGCAUUACCGUUUAUAUUAUUCAAUUAUUUCAACGUAAUACUUCAACCUUCUGAAACUGUAAAAAUGUGCUUUUCACUUUAAUGUGUUGUUGUUCACUGUAGUAUUUACAGAAAUGCACAUAAUAACAUGAAGUUCAUCAAAACUGGCUCUUCCGAGAGCAAUGACCAGCAAACAGCACCUCAAUGUAGAUAAUGAUAUUAAAAAUAAGAAACUACUAUUCCCAUAAAAUAUAAUGAAAUGUGAUGGUAACGCAGGGAAUUCUGGGAACGCCUGAUUUAUUUAUUAUUAUUGUUUUUUACCAUAAUUUUAACAAUAAUUUUAACAAUAAUUUAUCAUAAGAAGUACAUGUACUCUCUUGUUAAACAUAAUAUAAAGUUUUACUGUUAAUUAUAUGGUGAAAUCAUACUUUUUGUUUUUUUAAAUGACAUUUAAAUUAUUUUUUUUUUUAUUACAUUUUUACAAAAUUGUACUGUAAAAUUACAUGUAUUGUCUUUUAAUAUAUUCUAUAUUUUUGCCGUAUAUUUUAAGGUAAUUUCCAAUUUACCAAUUUAAAUAGUCUUUUACCGUUAAAAUUACGGACAUUUUUUACAGUGUAGUAACUAAUGUUCUGCAGUCAGAGAUUGGAAGAAAACAAACUAAUUACAAUUGAUACAUAAUUACAUCGCUUUCCACUUUUUAAUUUGUUUUCUGAUGUUCAGGUUUACUAUGUUUUUAUUGUCGCUUUUGUUUUAACCGAAUUAAUUUCCCAUGUAAUUUGUCAACUAUUCAAACUGAUGUUUUUUUAUUAUUAUUAUUUGAUUUGUUUGUUUUUUGUUUAGUUUUUCUUAUAUUUGAAUUUGUUUUAUUUUAUUUGCUUUGCAUUGUUUUUUAUUUUUUUAUUGUUUUGUUUAGUUUCUUUAGUUUAUUUUCUUUGCUUUGUUUUUAUUUGAUUUUGUUUUAUUUUUAGUUUUUUUUCUGUGUGGAUUUUAUUUGUUUAAUUUCAAUUUUUUUUGCUUUGCAUUUGAUGUUUGUGUUUGUUUUUGUUUUGGUUUCUUUUUUGCUAUGUUUUGUUUUUGUUUUUAUUAGUUUGUUUAUUUUAUUUAUUUGUUUUGCGUUUUUUUUGUGUGUUUUGUUUAAUUUCUAUUUUAUUAGUUUGUUUUGUGUUUUGUUUUAAAAAAUAUGAGUUUGUUUGUUUUGGGUUUCGUUUAAAUUUUUAUUUGGGUUUUUUGUUUUGUUUUGGGGGGUGGAAAUCUUUUCAUAGGUUACGUCAGAUCAUUUUAAAACAUCCACAAAGAAAGGAAAUCUUGACGAAACAAAUAAAUAGACAAAAUCAGUUUUUUGUUGUUUUGUUGUUUUCAUUGAUUUUGAGGAAUCAGUAGGAUAUAUCUUUAUUUUUCAAAUAAACUUUUUUCUGUGACAACAGACAAUUGCUAUGUGAAUAUACACGUGUACUCCAUAUACAUUCAUUUAUCACAUUCGGAUUCCACGGCGGUUCAACGUGGAUUGACAUCGCCUCUUCGUCAGCAUUUGUAAUCAAAUAAUGGUCCAAAUCCCGUCCUUUUUGGGAGCCUCCCAUUGAAGUCCUAAUCACACAUCUAUAUGUGGUUUGACAAACUGUGCAAUUGAAAAAAGUCCCAUUAGCAGGGGUGUGUGCUUGUGCCUAAUACCUCUGACAAAGGAUCAAGGUAUUUAACAUGCUAAUAAAGAACCGAACAGUAAAUCCAACCACCUCAUGAAAUACUGCACACCUGAAAAAGAAAACGGCAUAUGUCAUAAAGAUCUCCAAAAGCACAAACGUUAAAGCAUAAAUGUGCUUUUCACCUAACUAAGAACUGCCACUGGACAGCACAUACGUGAUCUUACUGUAACAUCACAGUUACACUCAUCUGCUCCACGGAGCUAUGAUAUAUUUGCUACAUAAAAUGCUUGGAAACUUGGCUUUUCCCAAAUAUACAUGUCAAUAGCCAAAUUUCAUGGCAACAGUCUAUGUAAUACUCAAGAACAUAUAACUUCACAUCAUGAAGGGUCAAGUUUUAAGGCUGUGUUACUGCACAAGUAACGUUAAAUGCAACUGUGUGCCACCUAAUAUUUAACUACAAGUUUUUACAAAAGCAGUACGCAAGGCUGUAUCAAGCUGAAGCUAAUUUUACAAUACUGUUGCAACGAAGUGCGAAAGACGAAAUUAUUACUAUACUACAAUAUAUUGUUAUUACGUUAGUUAGAUAUGACGAACCAAUAAGAGCAUUUGAAAAACUGCACAUUUUCUAAUUAUCUUACUUUAUAAAUUGCUAUAAUGUUUUGAGCGAGUAUGUUACAAGAGAAUUAACAUGUAAUAAAAUUGAUAUGAAAGUGUCAAAUUAUAUACUUCAAAUGACAUGGCACAGCUUGACAAGGAAAAACCAAAUGAAUAAAAAACUUUUUCACAUAUUACUGCACCUCUUAUGGCAUCAAUUUUGUUUAUGUAUACCAGUACCUUCAUCACAGUUAAUCAUUUAAUAUUUAUUCUAAUUAACCCAAAAAAUAUGGGCAUGGGUAGUUCAGUGAGUAUUGACGCUGACUACCACCCCUGCAGUUGCGAGUUCGAAUCCAGGUCUCCUAAGCAACCAAAUUGGCCCGGUUGCUAGGGAGGGUAGAGUCACAUGGGGUAACCUUCUCAUGGUCGGGAUAGGUGGUUCUCGCUCUCAAUGGGGCAUGUGGUGAGUUGUGUGUGGAUCGUGGAGAGUAGCAUGAGCCUCCACAUGCUGUGAGUCUCCGCGGUGUCAUGCACAACGAGUCACGUUUUAAGAUGCGCAGAUUGACGGUCUCAGAAGAGGACGCAACUGAGACAUGUCCUCCACCACCCGGAUUGAGGUGAGUAACCGCGCCACCACGAGGACCUACUAAGUAGUGGGAUUUGGACAUUCCAAUUUGGGAGAAAAAAUUAAUUCGCAAACAUUUAGCAGAUCGCCAAAGAGGUAUGGGUAUAUGGAGGUAAAACAGUAUCAAAACAUCUCACAAAUACACGAAAAUUUAUAAAUGCAUGCAACAGAUCCAAACACACACAUGGAAAUCUACAAAUGCAUGUAACAGAUCCAUACAUAUGCACACAAGUCAAUCCACAAAUGCAUGCAACAAAUCAACAUGUGCGCUCAAUCCACAAAUGCACGCAACAGAUCCACUCAUAAUGCUUAAUUCAAAAUUCACACAACAGAAGGUGUCCGUGAAUGUGCUUUUGCAUUUGUGGAUAGCUUUGAGACUCUUGUUCCAUGGCCUUGACUGUUGCGUGUGUUUUUGGAUUGCUGUGCGUGUGUGUGAAUCUGUUACGUGUAUUUGUAGAUUGCCAUACGAGUGUGUGGCUCUGCUCUUUAUUUAUGCUGUGUGCACUUUAGGAUUGUCGAGUGCAUUUGUGAGAUGUUUUGAUACUGUUUUAUCUCCAUACGAGUCAAAAUAAAUACAAAUGUAAAAAAAAAAAAAA